GGAGCCCGUUGAAGAUGAGCCCCUGAAGUCCGAGGAUGUUGAGGUUGGUGAGGAGGAUGAUCAUGUUGAUGAGGGGGAGGUCCGGCCAAGAGAGAGGGCUCUUCCAUCCUAUAUCAAGAAGGAGAAACCUAUUAUCAGUUCUGAAAGUGAUGAGGAUGAAGAGGAUGGUGGUGAGGGACGGAAUGAUCACGAUGGAGGAGGAGGUGGUGGAGGUGGAGGAGGAGUUAUUGGUCCAGAGGACUAUACGGACUUCCAGGAUGAGGAGGAUAUACCUGUGAUUGAAGCACUGUUCCAAGAUGAUGAUGAAGUUAUUAGACCUUCCCUGAAGCGGACCCAGCCAAAGGUUCGUAAACCACUGACCGAAAGUGAAUCGGACUCUGAACCUGAGAUAGAAUCUAAACCGGAGGAGAAAGCGCCCAAGAUGAAGAAACCAACUCCUAAACCAAAGAAGAUGGAGAAAGCAAAGACUGCGGAUGAAGGAAGGAAGAAGAAGGAGAUGAAAGCUGUCAAGAAUGAGAAAGCAACGAAGAGAAAGAAGGAUGAAUCAGAAUCUGAAGAGGAACCCAAAAAGAAAAUACUCAAAAAGAAAGUGGAAAGUAAGGACGAACAGCGCAAGGGAAAGGGAAAACAGUCAAAAGAAAGCAAAGACAAGGUGGAAAAAGGCGGAAAGGUUAUGAAAGGAAAAACAAGCCGAAAGGAAACUAAAGAAGAAUCUAGCGAAGAGGAAUCUCUGAAAAAGACAAAUGUUUCGAAAUCUGAAACUAAGUCAAAAGCAAAAUCAAAGCAAGAAGAAUCCAAUAAAUCCACGAAAGCUGUUAAAAAACCGGCAACAAAAUCCGCCAAAGAAACGAAAAAACGUCCAGCAGCAAAGGAAGAAGUAACGAGGAAACGUAAAACGAAGAAGCGGAAAGCCAAAACAAUAGAUGCCGCGGACAAAUUCAACCUUUUAGAUAUUAUUCUUACGGAAACAGAUGAUGAGAUGCCGGUAAGUGCAAGUGAAGAAGGAAGUGAAAGUAGCAGUAGCGAUGACGAGUGGAAGUAAAUUCUUCAGCUAUGUAGCGUUUAUCAAAGUAGCAAAGCAUAAAAGUAGCAUCACUCACACCAUCAGUAUAAAAAAAGCAGCAUCAAUGAACCACGAAGCAGUUUUCAAGAUAAAAUGAGCUUCCGAAAAUCACAAACUUCAGUUACCUUAUAAAAUUUACAUCACUUAUUAAAUUAAGCUGCUCUUUAUUCCGCCAAAGUUAAUGAUCUAUGAAAGUAUCCAGUAACCUAGGUAUUCCAAAACAUGGUAUUUUCUGUAAAAAUAAUUCCUAAAAAUCAGAAUUCCUGAUUAGUAAGAGCUUGAGAACUUACUUUUAUAUCGUCAAAACUUACUCGCAUAUCGAGACUUAUGAUAAGUUAUCAAUCCAAUGAAAGUAAAACAUUAUAAAAUCAGUAUUUUUGUAACCUUAUGAAAUUGAUAUGAGAAAACACCACUCUACAUCAGACUGGUGUGUACUGUGCCAAAAUGUACUUAUGCAACACAAGAAAUUUGAGAUUAGUUUACCGUGUGUUGACCGGUCUAGAACCUACUGACCGUGUUCCGACCGGCCAUGAACUUACCGACCGUGUGCCGACCGGAAAUGAACAUAUCGAUCGGCUUUAAACUGAUAUAUGACCAGCCAGACAUGUGUGAGUGUCGGAUACAAAAGUUGGCGUUUAACACGUCUAGAAUAUGUGACUUGGGAAACAUAGAUUUAAUAUCUUGGUUGUUAAUUUAUUUUUAAUUUAUUGAUUUAUGUAAUUGUUAAAUGAAAUGAUUAAACCAUAUAUAAUAGUA